AUGUCGAGCCGCAGAACGUAUUCGAUCAUCCCAAACGACGAAAAGCAGCCUCCUGAACCGCGUUUGCCUGACAUUCCAACUUUUGGAGAAAGUAGUUUUUUGAUCAUGUUUUUAGAAAAAAUUUUCUGAUGGGACACGUCGUUUUUUAAUAUAAAAUUGCUGGAGAGUUUGUACGAAAGUUUCUGAAUUUCUUACUUUUUUACCAGAUGUUCUCGAAAUUUUCACAGGCCAUCGCACUGGCGUAAACAUGCGCUGAAUCGAUUCAAACGCGCGCCGCACAUAUGUUGCCGCCUUCUUUUUUCAAAAUACGAUUUUCACCUUUUGUUUUUUUUUUUCUGAAGUGAGAAACGCUAAGAUCGGUAUUAUAGGUGUGAAAACCAAAUUUCCUUAUAAUCUUUAAAAAGGGUUGCGUACGAAGGUAUGAUACUCUUUAUUCUUCCACAACUGCAAAUCACUACAUUUUUUUAGGGAAAAAAAGUUUAAGAGUUUUUUUGAAAUUCUCGUAGUGUUUUUUUUUCAGUUAAAAGGAAAGCCUGUGCAUCUUAGUGGGGAAAAGAAAAAAUUUAAAAUACUGUUUUUUAUAAUAGUUUUGAAGGAAAAAUAAACGAGUUAUGGAUUCAGUAUUUUAAAAUUUUUCGUUUUUUCAACAAGACAGCUUUUAUUUACAUUUUCUACAGCAAAAGAGACAAAUUUUCAGUUCUCGCUACCAAGCGCGACAUUGAUACGAGAGCCAUGCCGUUUUGGACCACUCAGGUACGUAUACUUUUUUAAUCUUGAGUGGGAAGGAUUACGUAAAACUUCAGAGAGGUGGCGUUCAAAAAAAUUGGGAAGUCAUUAUUUUUCGAAAAAAAUCAAAUAAUUGUCUUCCAAAUAAGAAUCUUUGAUAUGAUAGCGUGCUGGAGUAAUCAAACAAAAAAAGGAAUUAAAGACGAAAAACUCAACCCUGUGCUAAAGUUUAUACUUUUAUAAAAAGAAAACCAAGUGAGAAAACCAUGAAAGAACUGUAUAGAAGAUGCAUGACGUUUCUCCAUAUUUUUUUUACUUCUUUCAGUAUCCAUCUUUGAAGGCACAGUCUGUACAGAUUUUGAAUUUCAAGCUAAAAACUAAAGUUAACUCCGCCCCCGCUGGCACAGUACCUUUUCGCGUCAAUGUUUGGUGGCGCGUGGCGAUGAUCCUUCAAUAGUUCUACAUUUUUUGAUCUUCUUUUAUUUAACAACCAGAAAAAGUCAGAAAAUGCAACGCUAUUGAAGAAUCACCGUCACACGCGAAAAAUAUCAACGCAAAAAAAUGUUGAAGCCAUAGGGGCGGAGUCAGCUGCUUGAUAUUCAAAAUCAGCUUCCUAUAGUUUUCCAUCCUUCUUGAAAGCUUCUGACAUAACUGUUGAAAUUUUGAAAACUCAUCUGAUGGCUUUCAACUCACAACGGUUUUUGAGAUAUGAGGCGCCCAAAAUCCAAAAAUAAAGUCUCGCUGAGUAUCAGUGAAACUCAGAAUUCUUCCAAAUGCACAAUAUUACAUUUACAGAGCUUUUUUUCAGGAUACACGCAACGCUAUCUUGUCGACGUUGAUUCCUGGAGCAGCGGCGGCAACGGCUUUCGCCGUUUUUGCUCGGGACCACAGUGUGACGACUUGGUGGUCGGUGCGUUUGCUCAAUCGCAUUUCUUACAAGAAAAAGUCGUUUUCAGGGUAUUCGCAAACCGAACUGGGCGCCAGAAGAUGUUCGAGUGUACUCGGCUGUUGAUUUGCUGACCGUGUCGCCGCUGGGCUACGCUUCUUACCUCGUUUACAAGAACGGCGGGGGCUUCGACUACAACGACACUCGUCUUGCUCUCGGCCUCUACGGCGCCAAUCUCGCUCUCGCCCUCGCCACUAUCCCCAUCGUCAAGAACAAGAAUUUGGGCUGCGUCAGUUUUGAUUUAAUAUUAAUUCUAAUGUUAUUUGAAAAUAUGAAAUCGGUAAGGCUAACGAUAAUCUAGAAUUUUUUCGGUUAAGACUUCAGUUUCUUACGUUAGAGCGUAUUUUAUAAUUAUUGUUGGCCUUUGUUCAUUUGUGAAGAUUUGAAAAGGUCGGAGGUCAUACAUGGCGUCCAAGAAUAGGUUUUCUCUAAGUUUAUAAAAAUUGGUUGCUUGGUUGAGAAAAAAGGCUGUCUGGUAAAGUAACGAACACAUUAAUAUAAAUUUUCGAAAAAAAGAAUACAUUAAGAAUGAACCUUUGCGUGCAAAAUCAUGUUUUUAAAAGCAGAUUAAUGGAAGGCUUGGUUGAGAAAAAACUAGAUUUUGAAGUUGAACCGAAUUUUAAAUAUCGUAUAAAUUCAUUAACAAUUUAUUUCUCGAAUUUUUCUCGUACAUGUUAAUGAAACAUAAUGAACAUCGAAAAAGCCCAAUCAAAAAGAAAAUCUUCUAAUAACUCAUUUUACUUUUUCAGAUGUGGAAAAACACCGCUUUGAUUCACCUCACGGCUGCCGGAGCUGCGUAUGCGUUCUACAAGGUUUAAAUUUCGUUCUUUCGAUUGAUCCAGCGCGCUCUCUCAUUUUUCUCAUCCGAAUCUUCAGAUCGACAAAACGGCCGGUCUUCUGCUCGUUCCGUAUGCUCUUUGGACCGGAUUUUACGCCAUCCUCGCUUAUUCUAUCGAUAAGGAGAACAAGCCUAUCAAGGAUUUGUAAGCAAACCCGUAAUCUAAUUUAGAAUUUUAAGUUCUAGUUAAGAUGGUUUCCUUUUUUUAUUAUUUUCUUUUCGGCUGUUUAUUAAAAGUAUUUUUUUCUUGAGUUCAAUCGGAUCUUUUUUUGUCUAUUCAACGUGUCGCUCGUUUCUCUGUUGUAUAAAUUUGAAGUUCAACUGUUUCUGUACAUUCAAAUUGUUUUAUUCAAUUUUUAUCGUGAGAAUAAUAAGAAUAGAAAGAAUGAGCUGUUCUUGGUUUAGAAGGGCCGUCAGAUUUGAAAUGUCCGUUUACAACAAGGUAUGUCGCUUAAAAGUUCAUUCAAAGAUAGAGAAACAUCCGAAAAUGCUUCAUCUAGGACCUUUGUAACGCUAACCGGACGUGUAGGGGAAAUUCUAGUAAUCACUUUAGUAGGAUCAGCACUUACUCAAAAAAAAUCCGGUUUUCGAUACCCAAGAUUUUCUUUCUUUUUGUAGGGCAAAAGCGCAACUUUCUUACGGUAGCUUUUUUUCUGCAGUUCUUUCAAAACGUCUGCUUGCGCGGAUCAUUAAUGCUAGAUACAAAAACUUCAUCGAAAACAUUCCCGGACCUUGAUAACUCUAACCGAAAGCCAGUCGGACGUUUUGAGGCAUUUCUAGUGUCCACUAUAGUAGCGUCAGCAAUCUUAAGUGCUCCCUAGAAUUGCUCAGAAGCGUCCAGUUGUUUUCACUUUUUGUGCGUUUGAAAAAUCCUCCCACUUUCUUGAUGAAAAGUUUUGAGGAAAGUCGCAUUGGAGAGUCAGAAGACGUGUGGGACGACACCGAGCUCAUACGCAUGUACGAAGAAUCCAUCAGUUCAACUUAUGUUUGAAAAGACAUCGAUUUUCUUAGAAAAUAACAGUUUAUAGAAGCAGCUGAAAGCGCCUGCCCAGUCGAGGACUGUAACUACCAAGGAUGGAAACGUUUACAAUGUACUUUGGAUUUUUUUUAAACCGAUUUUACGGUUACUUUACUGAAGACUUUCCGUACGACUUCACCAUUGUGUCCAGAAGAACUUGUAAAUCCAAUCUCUUACGAGAAUCGAUGAAAUCGGAGUGUUAAAGCCUAAAUCCUUUUUCCCUCACAAGGAAGGUCCUUUUAACUUGCGGUUAAGAAUUUCCUGAAUUUUGUCCAAAAAAAUGUUUAAAUGUACUAGAAGAGAAUACUGAAAGUUCAACCUGUACAGUUUGCUACUUUUUCAAAAAUUAGGGCUAAAAGCGCCAAAAUAGCUACGCACGCUGACAGGGGAAGCCAUUUUACUUUAAGGUUGAUAAUUUCCUGAAAAUUGGCCGGAACACUUCUUGAUGUACUUGAUGAUGAUCCUGGAAGUCUCAACCUGUACAGUUUAUUCGUUUUCGAGAAAUAAUUUUUCAAAUCCUCAAAAUACCUUAUUUUAUGGGUUUUGAGGGUUUUCUUUGACUUUGAGCCGACUUUUCUCAAAAACGAGGAAGUUGUGCAGGUUGAGACUUUUAGAAUCUUCUUCUGGUACAUCAAGGAGUGUUCUGGCCUAUUUUCAAGAAAAUCGCAACGGCAAAGUAGAAUGACUUUCCUCGACAGGAUUUUCAAGCAAUUUCUGAGAUCCUUUUCUGCAGUGGACGGUGGGCUCACAGUGCAUGGCGCCGUUCGAGGAAGAAGGUGAGACGGCCUGGUUUCCGGCGGUGAUCGAGGAGCUGGACGAGAAAUCAACUCAAGUCGUCGUCAUCUUCGAAGGCUACGGCAACAUGGAGACUGUCGACAUCGAGAGCCUUUGGCAGUGAGAUUUCAUCAUUUUUCCCGAAUUUCUGUCAUCAAAAAUCAUCUUGCUGACUUCUCAAUGAACUCGAAGUUAGAUAACUUGGUAAAUAUGGUCUUGAGGAUCGAAUUGAUGCUUUCCUUGAUCGUUUCUCCUCCUUUUUCAAAUUUCCUAUCUUCUUAGGAUUAUAGCUUCUUUAAAAAUAAAUAUGUAGUACUUGAAAGAAACUUCUUCCUUACAAGUUUCCCUUGUAUCAACUUUUUCUGAAAAACUAGGAAAUUUCAGAAAAACUGAUAGCGCCGAAGAAGUGAUGGAUACGAAUGAGAAAUCCGCAACCCCACAGAAAAUUAGUAUGUUUUUCGAGCAUUAUGAGUUUUCAAGUUUGAGCUAAAGAGGUCAAUUGCGAAGCAGAGAGCACACCAGAUGGGCCGAAAAAGCCGAAAAAUGUGCCAAUGGUCUGUUGAAAUUCACAGCCAGUUCGAAUUAUUUGCAUCAGAUCCCCGCAAUAGCACCGCCGCCACCGUUGUCCGUCUUCAGCACUGCUCUUCCAAAUGAGGUUGAACACGCAAUGAACCUUUCUCACAAGGGGCCUCGUUUUAAUUUGCUGUUGGGAUUUUUUCUGAAAAUUGGCCAGAACACUCCUUGAUUUACCAUAUGAGCCUAGAAAUCGCAACUUUCUGGUUUUUAAGAAAGGACAUCUCUAGGUCAAUAAAACUAUUAAAAUACUUUAUAUUAAGCUUCUUGGGUCUUUGAGCCCUUAUUUUUUGAUAAGCUGAGAAUUCUAGUACAAUGAGACUUUCAAAACCUUCGGGGACACAAAAAAGCCUUCUGGCCAAAUUCCAGGAGCUUCCCAACCUCCAAAUAAAAUAAUCAUUCUUGUCAGAAUCCCAAAGAAAGACCCUGUUCUUUGUUCAGGUAGAGGCGUUGAAUAGCAUGUUGAUGAGUUGGUACAUGAGCGGCUACCACACCGGAUAUUACCAGGUAAAACCUUACAAGCUUUUUUUUUCAACUGUGACUGUUAAGGCGAUCACUGAUCUCAAGAGAAAUAGCUGA